GGGGUAUCCGCCAUGUGGACGAUCGGGCCUUUGCACGCAGCGAUGAAAGAAGAGCCGAGCUGCUGCGAAACCGCGACCUGGACUUCGGGUGCUUGGAGAUAGCUCCCAUGACAGCGUCAAUGAACCUGGACUACUUUUGACCUUACAAUUACAAUCACAAUCGCCAGCGCUUUUACCUUAUAUUACUUCACAAUCCAUCACCGUCUGUGUACCAUAACGUUGUAUUCAAGAAACAGUAUAAGAAGAGUAGACAUGGCCGACGGCCCCCGCAAACGCACCUCCGAACGGGAGCCUACUUCUCCACGAACCGCUGCCACCACUACAGACGAAACUGACCCCAUAAUAACGCAUGCGCAAUCCACCGCGAAAGAUUACAACUCCAUAUCACCGUCAUUACCACCGCAAAACAACACCUCAUCGAUCUCGCAGAACCCCGCUUCUACCCCCGCCCCAAAGGCGAAACCAAUAGGUGCGCAAGAAGAUGGUACGGUCUCAGAUACGCGAAGAACCAAUGGGAUAAGACACUCGGAGAGUGCAGAGCGCGCAGCCGCUGCGUUUGAACGACGAGAAGGCGGACGAUGGCGCGCAUUCUGGGACAAGUACGGCAGUGUAGAAUUGGAGAAUAAGGGCAGUGUUGCCAGAGAUCAUUUAGCUUUAGAACGGACAUUUCUAGCCUGGCUCCGAACAUCCCUAUCAUUCGCAAGCAUAGGAAUCGCAAUAACGCAGCUUUUCCGCCUAAACACCAGCCUCUCCCACAAGUCCUCCCACCCUCCCGACGCCUCCCAACACACCCUUGCCGACUUCUUGACCACCGAGUCUCCGCAGGCGAAGAUCAGACAUUUGGGCAAGCCGUUGGGAGCGACAUUCAUUGGAAUCAGCAUCGUGAUGCUCUUCAUAGGCUUCCACAGAUACUUUGAAGCCCAGCACUACGUAAUACGUGGCAAGUUCCCGGCUUCAAGAGGGAGCAUCAUGAUUGUAAGCGCCAUCUCUGGCGCUCUCAUUGCGAGCUCUCUCGUCGUGAUUUUGGUGACGGCGCCGAGUGUGCUUGAACAGUGA